AUGACUAACCUUGUGGAGGAGUUGAAGAAGACAUCUCUCUCGAGCUUCUCUCCGACAACACCUCUUGAUCAACGAUGGAAUGGUGGUUGUCCCUCCUACUUCUUACUUGUAGAUGACAAAGAGCAAUCUCUUCAGCAACUUGGUGAGUUGAUUGCAUUAAUUCCCAUAACCUGGGAUAGUCGCUUGACACUUUUGAUUUGCUCAAACAUCUUCAGUCAGAUGUCCAUUCCUGCAAGAACGUACACUGCUUUAAAGAUUAAUGAAAAUGGACAUUUUAAAUUCUGUUUCAUGGCUAUUGGUGCAUCUAUUGAGGGGUGGAGGUGCUGUAGACCUACCAUAUCCGUUGAUGGCAUGUUUUUGAAGUCUAAGUUUGGCGAUACUCUACUAUCAGCUUCCAUACUAGAUGGUGCGUUUGCUAUUGUAGAUUCUAAGAAUGAUGUAUCAUGGAAAUGGUUUUUCGAACAUAUACAAACUAGUUUAGAGGAUAGAGAAUAUUUAGUCAUUGUCUCUUAUCGACAUUUGAGCAUUCCAAAUGGUGUCUUAAGUGUGUUUAACAAUGUUGAGUACUGUGUGUGCAUUCAACAUAUUCUACGAAAUUUGAAGAAGUUGUUCAAGGAUCCUUUGAUUGACCAACUUUACUUUAGUUGUGUUAAAUCUUAUACUGUUGAUGACUUCGAGUUUAAUAUGAGAUUUAUGAAGUCAAUUUCUCCAAAUAUUCGAAGUUACCUUAUUAAUGUAGGAUUUGAGAAGUGGUCUCGUGCAUAUUCUGGAAGAAGAAUGUAUGAAAUGAUGACAAUAAACCCUUCAGAGUGUGUAAAUUCUGUUUUAAAAGAUAAUAGGAACUUACCAGUUGCAAGUUUACUCGAUGCAAUUAGAGGUUUAUUGCAAAAAUGGUUUCAUGACCGAAGGAAAGCUAGUUUGUCAAUGACAACAAUUUUGACUCCUUGGGCAAAGAAUAUAUUAUGCAACCAACAUGAACAAUCAAGAAGUUUCAUGGUUCAUCCUAUUGACAACGUUGAAUACUCAGUAAUGGAUGGUGAUAUACAAUUCCUAGUAAAGCUUAAUUUUGGAUCUUGUAGCUGUCGAGUAUGGGAUUUUGAAGAUAUUCCAUGCUCUCAUGCGCUUGCUAUUCUUUGCUAUUCUGAAAAUGAAGAUACUUAUGAACUGAUCAUGGAUAUUGAUACUGAAGACAUUACGAUUGUUUAG